AUGACUGACAACAAACUGGUCAUCAAGAAUGUUGAUAUGAGCGAAGAUAUGCAGCAAGAAGCUCUUGAUUGCGCCAACACAGCCUUGGAAAAACAUAGUAUUGAAAAGGAUAUCGCAGCUUAUAUCAAGAGGGAAUUUGAUAAAAAAUAUGGCACAACCUGGCACUGUAUCGUCGGAAGAAAUUUUGGAAGCUACGUGACUCACGGAAUUGAUGAAAUAAAUUGGUAA